GCCUGAUUGGCUCUUCUCUUCCAAUAGCGCUAACUGGAACGUCGUUGUCAUUGGCUAAGCGCGAAGAUUCAAAUGGAUGAAUAAACAGCUUGCGGAGCAACGUUCAUGCCGAUCCUACCUAUACCAGUGACUACACAAGCUCCACAAUAAACAAUCGUUGAAACAAAACGGCACAUUUUACAUACAAUUCUCGAUGAUCUUUUAAAUCCGAAACAGAAUGGAUAUCUCGGAUCAGUUCCAGGUGUUUGAAAACGGUUUGAGCGAGUAUUCCGGAGAUGACCCUCUGGAAUUUUGGAUUUGGUUCUUCGAGUACCUGGUGAAUAAAGAGUCCUCCACAGCCACAGAAUUGUCCUUUGUUUUGGAACGUCUAGUCCGGAACUUCCUGACUGCCGACCGAUAUGCUAACGACAUCCGAUAUGUCAAUCUCUGCAUCAAAUAUGCGAGUUACCACACAGAGCCAUUCUCUGUGUACGCCUCCGUCUACAGUCAGGGCGUGGGCAGGCGCUCGGCCCCUCUCUACGUGGCCUGGGCCAAGCAGUUUGAGCAGAGCGGGGCGCUGGAGCAGGCGCGGGCCGUGUACCACAGGGCUGUGGAGAACCAGGCCCAGCCUGCGCAAACUGUCCUGGACGAGUACAGCCAGUUUCAAAUGAGGACAUCCAAAUCCCAGAUAGCGCAGCCCGCAACUGGUCGCCUCCCUCUGCAAACCUCCCAGCUGGUCAACCAGAUACCCCCCCACAAGGAGGCUGCAGCGUGCCGGGAGGACCCAGACGACUGUGCUGACCUUUUGCCACCAGAAAAAAACCUGAAAAUCUACAUCUCCCGCUCUGACAACUUGGGGGUCCGGGCGUCAGGCGAGGGCCCCCCGACGGUCUCCGUGUACCAUAAGGAUUCCCUGGAGCUGAAGGGGUCGGAGCUGUGCUUUGAGGAGGUGCGCGCCGCCCGCUACUUCCGGAAGAUCAGACGAGACCAGGAGCACAGAGAGUUUGAGGAGCAGAAGCGGCUGGCCCAGGAGAAGGAGGACAACAUCGUGAAGCUGCAGCAUUCCCUGGACUUACUCAACCAGCAGCUGGUGGACCCCGGAGCCCGCCGCUUGUCCUCGGCACAGGCCACAGGCCACACCCCCGCUCCCUCCGCCGCCACGCGCCCGACCAGCUGGAGUGUGUUCAGCGACGAGGGCGCCGCUGCCUCCGCCUCCACCCAACCACAGCACCGCCCCCCCCACCCGGCGGCCCCCAGGGUCAGUCUGGAGCCGUCCCCGCGGCCCCCGGCCAGACUACCGGAGGGAGGCGUGCGCUCUUACGACGAACACCGGCCCGCCCCGCCCCCGGCGCUGAAGCAGAGCCGGCCGGACUCGGGGGAUCCCCGAGUGGAAGCCCGACCGGGUCUCCCCUGCGUUUCCCUGACGUCCACCCGGAGCUUCCUCUACGGUUCCCGCCAGGCUGAGGGUGGGGCCCCAGGCCGUAGCCCCCGGGACCCCCAGGCGGCCAGCGGCCAGCGACAGCACGGCGUCCAGGAACGAGAGUUCCACGUAGAGCAGCCAGCAGACGCUGAGCCCAGACUGGACAUAUCCCAGGGGGCCACUGCUAGCUUCUCCCACAUCACCCCUAACACGUCUCUGGGCCUGGUGUCCGCCACGCCCUCCAGGGCACUCCCGUCCCCCACGGUCAACACGCGCGAGGCACUGGAUGCCAUCAUGAACAUGUUCCAGGCACCCACCCUCCUAGAGGAUCCCUUCCCAAACACGUCGCUGGGCAACUCUGCCAACAGGAGUCCUGAAGCCGUUUUCAUGAGAAAGGGCGCCUCAUUGGCCGAACCGGCCCCAUCCACCGCCCCCCCGUUCACCAUCUACCAGGACCACGGCGACCAGGAGAAUCCCCGGUCAGCCGCUGUGUGUGGCGCGGAGAAACCCAGAGCAGCCCGGGCGCUGGCUGGAAUCCCCGUGCCCUCGUCAGACCGGCCUUCUGACGGCACAUCGGAGCUGACCCCGGACGAGAGCACCAUGUGGGGGGUGCGCUACAACUCCCUCAACUCCCUGGCCGCCUGCCCCAACAGCACCAGGGACUUUGCUCCGUCGGCCCAGGGAGCCUCCACGCCCUUCCCCGCCAAGGCCCACUUCUUUGUGGACUCCUUCCAGGACCAAGAGAACGGUUGUCAGAGGGCUUUGGACGAUGAGGGAAAUGUUUACACGCGACCAAAGAAGCUCAGCCCCAUCAUCGAGACGAGUCCCUCCGACGAGACGUUCGUGGACAAGGCCGGGGGCCCCGCACGGAAGCGGGGCCCAGCGCAGCACGGUACCGUCAUGGGCGAGGCGCUCUCCCUGGGUUCCCACAGCGGCCUGGCCAACUCCUGCACCACAGUGGUCCUCCCGCCCCCCGCGGCCCUCUCCUUCAGGGACCACACGCUGCUCCAGUCGGCCGGGAGCCCACCAAGGGCCCCGGGGAUGACGACGACAACAACACCAGCACCAGCAGCCGCCUGGAGCAUCUUCACCAGCCCAGAGCCGAGAGAGAGCCCAGAGCCGUCCACUGGGACGACAACAACAACAACAACAACAACAGCAGCCGCCUGGAGCAUCUUCACCAGCCCAGAGCCGAAAGAGAGCCCAGAGCCGUCCACGGGGACGACGACAAUAACAACAACAACAGCAGCAGCCGCCUGGAGCAUCUUCACCAGCCCAGAGCCGAAAGAGAGCCCAGAGCCGAAAGAGAGCCCAGAGCCGUCGCCGGGGACAACAACAACAACAGCAGCCGCCUGGAGCAUCUUCACCAGCCCAGAGCCGCCGGCCAAACCAACCCUCGCCCUCCAUCACUCCCAGGAACCUGAGGCCCAGGACGAAGGAACCAGGAGCCAAUCCACGGCCACCAUCGGGUCGGGGUCGCCCCCCAGUCAGGAACCCGUGUUGGACGUCCCCAUGAGCCCGGAGUGCGGCCUGAAACCUGAUUGGCUGAUGCUCUGCAGCCCAGAGGCGAUCACUGAGCCCGACCUGGAUGCCUUCAUUAGCCCCCCGAGAACCCCAGGACCGGCCUUGGCCCGGAGGGGAGACAAUGACGUUUCCAUGUCGCCGGAGGCACCGACAGGGUUGUUCACCGACGCGUGCAUGAGCCCAGUGGUACGGCGCCUCGCCCGGAGCCAGGCGGAGGACGAGCCCAUGAGCCCUGACAGGGGGGGCUACGGCUGCACCGACGUGCCCAUGAGCCCCGAGGGUCCCGGCCACGCGGCGGGCGGUCGCCGGGUGACGGACCCCUGGGACUCGGAGCUGAUCGCCGAGCUCCUCUCCAGACUGAGCCCCCCCCUCGGCUCCCACCCACACUGCAUCUCCUGGCAGUGCAACGUCCCCAGCUUCACCCCCAGGACCACCAUCACCAUGGGUAACGCGUCGCUGCGUGUGGACUGCCUGCUGGGAGAGGGGGCCUUCGCUAAGGUCUACCAGGCCACCGACCCCAUGACCUCGGAGAAGAUUGUGCUCAAGGUCCAGAAGCCGGGCCAUGCGUGGGAGUUCUACAUGAACACCCAGCUGGACGCGAGGCUGCCCCCUGCUGUCAGACACCUGUACAGCAGCGUCCAGUCCGCCCACCUCUUCCACAACGGGAGCAUACUGUUGGCGGAGCUGCACCGCUGUGGCACGCUGCUGAACGCCGUGAACCAGUACAAGAAGCUGAGUGACAAGGUGAUGCCCCAGCCGCUGGUCAUGUACUUCACCACCUGCCUGCUGCACAUGGUGGAGCAGCUUCACCGCGUGCACCUGGUGCACGCCGACAUCAAGCCGGACAACUUCCUGUUGGGAGAGAGGUUCCUGGAGAGCCAGUGUCUGGACCCCGAGGAGAUGGAGCACGGCAUGGUGCUGGUGGACCUGGGCCAGAGCAUCGACAUGGAGCUCUUCCCCGAGGGCACCCAGUUCACCGCCAGGUGCCAGACCUCCGGGUUCCAGUGCACCGAGAUGCUCAGCGGAAGACCCUGGUCCUACCAGACGGAUUACUUUGGGAUUGCGGGCACGGUGUACUGCAUGCUGUUCGGGACGUACAUGCAGGUGAAGCAGGAGAACGGAGUGUGGAAGACCAACGCUGUGUUCAGAAGGAACCCCCACAGCGAGCUGUGGCUGCAGCUGUUCCACACGCUGCUCAACAUCCCGGCCGGCGGCGCUCUGCCCUGCCUGCGCUCGCUGCGCUGCCGGCUGGCGGUCACGCUUCGGGAGACGUACGGCAGCAAGGUGCUCAGCCUGAAGAACCGCCUGCUGGUGCUGCUGCUGGAGGACAUGCGCGCCGCCCGGCGGUGAGGAGAGAGGAGCAGCGACGAGCCACACCAAGAGCCACCUGGAAUGAACCACUUUUUUUGUAUAUUUCUUAAUCUCCUGUACAGAUAAGUGUGGCAUCUCGGUAUUUAAUGUUUCUCUAAUGUGACCAGAGUGAACCCACCUUUAUUUGUAUACGAAGGUAACAGUUGCCGUGGUUUAGAUGGCCAUAGUCUGUUUUUCCUUGUUUGUAUUUUUUACACACAAAUCUGAAUUUGCAUAUAAAAAACGUGACUCGUUUACUUGUAUAUCCUUGGUAUUACUUUCACCCUUUGCUGUGAUUAAUUGUAUAUUUUAGUUCUUUUUUUUUUUUAAUGUAUUUGACCAAAUUACCAAAUGUCGUUUUAAUUUUGAGAGUGGUUACCCAAAAAUUGUUGUCUUGGCUAUAGAAAACAACCUUUGUAUUUUGUGUGGUGAAAAAAUAUAAACCACUGUUUGAGUGCUGAUGUGGUGGACGGUUAUUUCAGUUGGCCCCAUCAGUGAAAUGCUUUAUUUUCAUUAAAAUAAACCUCCGAAUGCCUCAAUGUUUGGACCCUUCA